AUUUCAUUUUCUUCACUGAAUAACAACAUUAAUAAUAAUAAUAAUGGCCAGUUUACAAUAUCAAGCACGUAGUGAAUAUUCAUCUACAUAUAAUAAAGGUGGAUCAUCAUCAUAUGAUUCAAGUUUAGAACGAUCUAAAUCUCCAUUAUUAUCAUCUGGUAGUGGUGGUGGUCCAUUAAUAACAUCAGCUUUUGUUGAUGGUUCACCAUCAUCUGGUGUUGGUACAUCAACACAGGAUUAUAGUUAUGCAACAACAACAUCAUCAACAUCACCAUUAGAAACUAUUGUUCAAGAAUAUCAAACUGCUGAUGGUGGUAUUGGUAAACGUGUUUUAAAAACAUUUACUACACAACAAACAACAACAAAAACAACACGUUAUGGUAGUGAUGGUGCAUUACGAACGGAAACUACAACAGAAUCCGGACCAUAUAUACGACAAACAUCACCAAUGCCAGCAAGAAGUUCAUCAUCAAUGUCAAAAUUAACACAUCAUAUUGAUGAAAACUGUAAACAUCAACAUGGUCAUCAUCAAAAAGUUCUUAAAUCUAAUAGUCGUCCAUUAACAAUGGACGGAAAUACACCGGCUGGUUAUAGUUUAUAUCAUGUUGAACGUCGUGAAGAAACAUCACGUACAAGUAGCGGUGGUGGUUCACAAAUACCAACAACACCAUCACGUAAAGUAAAAUUUCAAGAUGAAGAAUAUAUUAAUCGUAAAGAAUUUGAACAAGCAUGUUCAUCAUUACAAUCAUCAACAAAAGAUAUUGAUAUUCUUCCAGAUCCAGAAUUGGAUACAGAUAUUUCAUUACAUACAAUUGAAAAAACUCAUACACGUAAAGCACAUCGUAUUAAAGAAGAAGGUGAAAAAUUUGAAUACAAUGAUUUUGCUAUGAUACCACCAACAGCAUCAAAAUCACCAUUACCACAUCGUAAAACUGAAAGUCGUGAUCGUAGUCCAGCACCAACAAUGGAUCCACGUGCACCAAGUCCUGUACAUCAAUUAAUUGUACCACAAAAAUAUAUUGAAACACGUACACCAUCACCAAAAGAUAAAAUCGAACAACAUGGUGAACAUAAUUGCAAAUAUCAUUCACAUCAUUUGGAUUAUAAAUAUACACCACCACCGGUUAAAGGACCAUGUGGUGCUUGUGGUCAAUAUAUUGUCGGUUCGCUUGUAACCGCAUUAGAUCAAAUGUGGCAUCCGGAAUGUUUCACAUGUACAAAUUGUGAUACAAUUCUUAAACCACAUAAAUAUGUUGUUGAAGAUGAUAAACCAUAUUGUAAAGAUUGUCAUUUACGUUUGUUUGGACCACCUUGUAAUGUGUGUAAAAAACCAACACAAAGUAAUCGAUAUAAUCUUUUGAAUCGAAUCUGGCAUCCGGAAUGUUUUUGCUGUGUUGAAUGUGGUAAACGUUUAACACCGGAUAAUUUUGUUGAACGUCUUGGAUCACCAUAUUGUAUGGAAGAUUAUCAUCGAUUAUUUUCACCAAAAUGUUGUGUCUGUCAUUUGCCUAUCAAAGAUAAAGCAAUUAAUGCAUUGGGUAAAAUGUGGCAUCCACAAUGUUUCAAAUGUACACAUUGUGGUAUACCAUUGGAAGAACGUAAUUUCUAUGAAAAGAAUGGUUUGCCUUAUUGUGAAAAAGAUUAUAUGGAUCUAUUUCAUCCAAAAUGUUAUGGUUGUAAAAAACCAAUUACUGAUGGUCGUCAAAUGAUUGCAAUGGGCCAUCCAUGGCAUCCAGAAUGUUUCCGUUGUACUGUUUGUGUUAAACCAUUAACACCAGAAACAUUCAAAGAAUAUCAAGGCAAACCUUAUUGUGAAAAAGAUUAUCAUAAUCUUUUCUCACCAAAAUGUGCCGGUUGUACUAAACCAAUUACUGAUGGUAAACCAGUGUUUAAUAAAGGUCAAUAUUGGCAUCCAGAUUGUGAUGCUCUUUACAAUCGACCUACACCACCACCACCACCACCCAAAACCUCUACACCAUUAUUACAACAUCAACCACCACCACCGGAAAUAGAUAUUGAAUCAUUAUUAGAACCAUUAUUGCAAGAAAAACCAUCUAGACCGAUUGAAUCCUAUCAUGUGGAUACCGGUCAUAAUUUACCACCAAUUAGACCAGAUUGUGAUGGUUGUCAAGGUCCAAUCGUGGAUGAUAAUUAUGUAUCAGCAUUGGGUAAAAAUUUUCAUCCAGAUUGUUUUCAAUGUACCGAAUGCAUGAAACCAUUGAAUCCAUAUAAUUUUUAUGAAAAAAAUGGUCUACCAUAUUGUGAAGAUGAUUAUCAUCGUUUAUUUUCACCAAAAUGUGCUGGUUGUAAACAACCAAUUAAAGAUAGUAAUUAUAUACGUGCAAUGGGUAAAGAUUGGCAUCCAAAUUGUUUUCAAUGUCAUCAAUGUAAAAUACCAUUGGAUCCGGAAAAUUUCUAUGAAAAAAAUGGUAAACCAUAUUGUGAAAAUGAUUAUCAUAAAUUAUUUUCACCAAAAUGUUUUGCCUGUUCAAAACCAAUACGUGGAACUCCGUUGCGUGCUUUGGGUCAUGAUUGGCAUCCGGAAUGUUUUAAUUGCGAUAAAUGUCGAGUACCUUUAUCACCGGAUAACUUUCUAGAAAAGAAUGGUCGACCAUAUUGUCCGAAUUGUUUUGAUAAACUUUUCCUGCCGAAAUGUUUCUCUUGUUCAAAACCAAUUCAAGGAACUCCAUUGCGAGCUAUGGGACAUGAUUGGCAUCCAGAAUGUUUCAAUUGCGAUAAAUGUCGAGUACCAUUAUCACCGGAUAACUUUUUGGAAAAGAAUGGUCGUCCAUAUUGUCCUAAUUGUUUUGAUAAACUUUUUAUGCCAAAAUGUUAUGGAUGUUCGAAACCAAUUAAAGGAACUCCAUUACGAGCUAUGGGUCAUGAUUGGCAUCCGGAAUGUUUCAAUUGCGAUAAAUGUCAUAUACCAUUAUCACCGGAUAAUUAUUAUGAAAAGAAUGGCCGUCCAUAUUGUGAAAAUGAUUAUCAUAAAUUAUUUUCACCAAAAUGUUGUGCAUGCAACAAACCGAUUAAAGAACGGCCUAUUUUUGCAUUGGGUAAAGAAUGGCAUCCACAAUGUUUUGUUUGUUCACAUCCAUCCUGUGAUCGUGUAUUGGAUCCGAAUGAUUUUGAAACACAUGAUGGUAAACCAUAUUGCAAAUUUCAUUUUGGCGAAUUGUUUUUGCCCAAAUGUUUUGCAUGUAAAAAACCAAUCACUGAUAAAGUCGUAUCAGCAUUGGGAAAAACAUGGCAUCCAGAAUGUUUUGCUUGCGUUCAAUGUGGUGUACCAUUGGAUUUGAAUGCUUUCCGUGAAAAAGAUGGCCUACCAUAUUGUGAAGCUGAUUAUCAUGCAUUGUUUUCACCUAAAUGUGCCGCUUGUGAAGCACCGAUUGUUGAGAAAUGUUUGACUGCAUUGAACAAAACAUGGCAUCCUGAACAUUUUACUUGUGCUCAUUGUAAUAAAGCAAUGAGCGAUGAUCCUGAUGGCUAUCAUGAACAUGAUUCCAAGGGUUAUUGUCGUCCAUGUUAUAUUGAAUUGUUUGCACCGUAUUGUCGUGGCUGUAAUAAACCAAUUGUCGACAAGAUUUGUGUUACAGCAUUGAAUUCGAAAUAUCAUACCGAUUGUUUCGUUUGUCGGGAUUGUGGAUGUGCAUUGAAAAAUGGAAAUUACUUUGAAUUUGAAGGUGAACCAUAUUGUGAAGAACAUUUUCGUUGUAAAAUGUGUCCAGAUUGUGUACGAUUACGUCGAGCACAGAAUAAAUUCUUUUCUGGUGCACAACAACAACAACAACAAUCUACCACUAAUCAACAUCAACAUCCAGUACCACAAAAAAUGGACAGUUAUAUUCAACAGAAAGUAAUUGAUACGGCAACAAUGCCUACUAAUACACAACAAAAAGUUACAUUUGCAAAUGGAACAUUACCAUCUUCAAAACAUCAACAACCUUUAUAUACAACAUCAUCAACGUUACCACAUCAUCGUACACAUGAUUUAAUACGACAUUCACCGAAAAAAAUAGCAGAUCAACAACAACAACAACAACAACGUACAACAUCACCAUAUUCAAUUCGAUUGGGAGCCUAAAUAGACAACCGAAAAAAAAUUUGGAUUGAAUGAUUACAAUCGUGAAUGGAG